ACGGGCAGGGGGUGGGGCCAGGACGAGGCAAACAAGAGCCACUCCAUCUGCCUCAUCUCCUUCCUCCCCUGACUCAGUUGCUCUAGCCUCCCUGGAGCUUCAAGUGUCAAUUUAGGGGCCCCUUGGGCCCUGGCCUUACUAAGUGCCGGUAGCAGAAACAUGAGGGCCUGGAGCUCUCACCUCCUGGUGGCCCUCCUGGCUUUGGGGAGCCAGCUGCCUGCUGCCUCGGCCAGGAAGAAGGGAGAGAAAUUCGGGGGCUGCCCACCAGAUGAUGGACCCUGCCUCCUCUCGGUGCCUGACCACUGUAUGGAUGACAGCCAGUGUCCCACAAGGAUGAAGUGUUGCUACAAAGCUUGCUUCCGCCAGUGUGUCCCUCUGAUCUCUGUAAAGCAGGGCAGCUGCCCUGAGGACGGCCUGCGCUGCCUCAGCCCCGUCCAGCACCUGUGCAACAAGGACUCAGACUGCAGGGGCUCCAGUCGGUGUUGCCUCGGUGCCUGCGGCCGGGACUGUCGCAACCCCCUCCAAGGCUAAUUCUGGUUCCGGAUCCUCAGGAUGGAGUCCCUAGCAGGAAGAGAUGAUGAUAGGGGGCCUGGGACCCUGCCACCCAGAUACUGUUAUCUCUGCUAGCGGCAGUUCCAACCUUCUGAUGAACACUGUUCUGCUGUCACCUCCCGUCCUACCCAUCCAUCCACCCACCCCUGGUUUCUCCUCCUAGGAGUCAAGGUGCAUAGAUAGACUCCCAUCACCCUGCACCACCCCCCAUCUCUUGGCGUGUUUCCCACCUAAAAUGCCCAACUCAGGUAGCCGCCUCUUUGUGGGGUCCAAACCCCUCCCUCAGGCAGCCCAGGAACCUCAAGCAGAGUUUUCCAGACAUUACCUAUUUGCAGACCCUUUUCCACCAUUUUUGCCACACCUGAAAAAUAGCAUCGCAAUAUCUUGCGUACUGCCUCUACUGCUAUUUAUCUAAUGUUUUUCUUUAAAUGGACUCACUGUUGUCUAUACAUAAAUUUAUUUCAAAAGAAAACCUUGACAUCAUCACUAUGAAUGGAAUACACAGGAUCAUUUGCCACAAAUAAAAUGUGAUUGUAAAAACAAA